AUGGAGUACCUGCACCAUGACUGUGAGACUCCAGUGGUGCAUUGCAAUUUGAAACCGAGCAACGUUCUUCUUGAUGAGGAUAUGAAUGCACAUGUGGGUGAUUUCGGGCUCGCGAAGAUGAUUCUUCAGAACACUACCUCAAAUCAUCAGUUAACUGGCAUGAUCGAGCUGAAAGGAUCGAUUGGAUACAUUCCUCUAGAAUACAGUUUGCGGGGUGGGGUAUUGAUGAAAGGAGAUGUGUACAGUUAUGGAAUACUUCUGUUGGAGCUUUUCACCAGGAAGAAGUUGACAGAUGAGACGUUUGGAGGGGAACUAACUCUAUAG